AUGGCGUCGAUGGAUAAAGGAAAAUUAGUAAUAUUUGUAUUAUUAAUCAUGAUAACCGGUUCCGACUUACAAGACGUACAAUACGAUCUCUGUGACACUGCCUGUGACGACGCUGACAGCUGCGUUCAGUACAAUGAAGAGAAGUUCUGUAGCUGUCACAUGGGUUAUGAAGGAGAUCUAUGCGACGAUCCCAACUUUAUGCGAUGUGGAGGCAGUUUUCUGGGUCCCGGUGAGCUGACGACACCGGGUUACCCAGCACUGUACAGGAAUAAAUUAAAAUGCGUGUGGUUAGUAAUGAUACCCGAAGCGGAGGAAAUAGGAUUUUAUAUGCUGGAAUUUGACACAGAAGUAGAUAAAGACUGGGUCGAGAUCGGUCCGGGAUCUGAUAGCGAUUCUUUCGAUCAUGACGUAAUUCAACUGAAUGAACUUAGCGGAACAUUAGCGGACCUUCCUUCAACGAAGGUUACAGUUCCUGGAAACAGGGGAUUCGUUAGAUUCGAAGCGGAUUUCACAAAUGCGUUCACGGGGUUCCGUAUUUCAUUUAAUGCAUCGAAAGUGGCUUCUGCGGACAACUGUGCAAGCAAUCCAUGUCAAAACGGCGGGCAGUGCACUAAUACACCGAGUGGUUACGAGUGUGAAUGUGCGGAGGGUUACACGGGAACUAACUGUGAAACGGAGGAACUUAGACCAAUACCGAAAGACGUAACAGUUACUGAUAUCACGUCCAGUACUGGCACUGUGACGUGGAGUGCGGUAGAGGGCGCUGACGGUUACUGGGUGGACUAUUUUCCGAGAGAUGGUACUAUAACAGAGUCGCAAUUCGUCAGCUCGUCUGAAGAUAGAAGUUUCACAUUUGAAGGACUGACUUCUUCUACAUAUUACAACUUCUCUGUGAGUGCUUCGUUUGGUUCUGAAGUAAGUGAGAAGGGAUAUGCUGGUGAAACUACCCUGGACCUUGCUGGUGGCCCCGCACCGAAUGACGUCACUGUUACUGACAUCACGUCUACUAGCGGAACGUUGACGUGGAGUGCGGUAGAGGGCGCUGACGGUUACUGGGUGGACUAUUUUCCGAGAGAUGGUAUUAUGACAGAGUCGCAGUUUGUCAGCUCAUCGGAAGAUAGAAGUUUCACAUUUGAAGGACUGACUUCUUCUACAUAUUACAACUUCUCAGUGAGUGCUUCGUUUGGUUCAGAAGUGGGCGAGAAAGGAUACGCUGGUGAAACGACCCUUGCAAAUUCUGGUGCUGGGGCCGCUCCAGAUGACGUCAGUAUUGUCGACGUCACUGACAGCACUGCCACAGUCACAUGGAGCAGCGUAGAAGGCGCUGAUGGUUACUGGGUAGAUUAUUCACCCAGGGAUGGUUUCGUGACAGAAUCACAAUUCGUGGACGCUGAAACAGAAAGAAGUUUUAUGUUUGAGGGGUUGAGCCCGUCAACAUAUUACAACUUUUCUGUCAGUGCAUCCUUUGGUUCAGACAUAGGAGAGGCAGGUUAUGCUGGAGCCACAACACUUGACAGUACAGGAAAUGGUCCAGCUCCAGACAACGUGACUGUUAUCGAUAUCUCUGAUAGCUCUGCGUCGAUAGCCUGGAGUGAAAUAGAGGGCGCCGAUGGUUACUGGGUGGAUUACGUCCCAAGAGAUGGGUCGAUUCAAGAAUCUCAAUUUGUGAGCUCUGAACAAGGCAGAAGCUUCUUAUUCGACGGAUUAAGCCAGUCAACAUUCUAUAACUUUUCCGUGAGGGGCUCGUUUGAUUCGGAAAAGGGCGAGGCCGCGUAUGUGGGGGCCACCACAGGAGAAUCCGGUGGCGCUGGUCCAGCUCCUGAUAAUGUCACCGUCACUGGCGUAACUGCAACUACAUCAAGUAUUACAUGGAGCGCCGUAGAAGGCGCUGACGGCUACUGGUUGGACUAUUUCCCGCGAGAUGGUUCGAUGAGAGAGUCUCAAUUUGUGAGCUCGGAAGAGGGGGAGAGAAGAUUUGUUUUCGAAGGGUUGGCUCCUUCUAGCUCUUAUAAUUUCUCUGUGAGGGCGUCAUUUGGUUCAGCCAAAGGAGACGCCGCGUACGCUGCAGCAACUACACUUGACCCGCCUCCUCCGCCGGAAAAUGUCACUAUAGACAUGGUCAUGGCAACCCGUACGUCCAUCAGCUGGAGCGACGUAGAGGGCGCUGAAGGAUACUUGCUGGAAUACGAAUCGCAAAAUGGCAUAGACAGCCGGUCAAUUUUCUUGAACGCAUCGGAAGGUAACAGCUACACGUUUGAAGGGCUACAGCCGGGAACUGCCUACAAUUACUCUGUACGGACAGUAAUGGAGAUUGCUGGCGAUGCAAACACAGUAAAUGCAACAACACUUGAGAUGGGAGCAUUCACCACGACCGGGUCGAUGAUGGUGACAUGGGAAGAGCCGGCAAUUGACUAUAAUUAUCUCGAAGUAGACUACACUCCAACAGACGGCGGCAUGCCUCCGCCGCCAAUCAGCUUGGACCGUGCAAACUUCACCUACCUGUAUUACAACGACGAAUUGUACAACAUUACGUCAUUGUGGGAUGGUUACAAUUAUACAUAUUUAUCUAACGGAACAUUCAUGUACAAUUCCACCAUUGGCGGUUUGGUUGCUGGACGAAACUAUUCUUAUUCGGUGACCGCCAUAGACGGCUAUGGAAACCGAACAUUGGUAGGAGAGACGUAUGCCAUAACGAUUCCGAAUCGGCCAGAUACUCUGAACGCUGACACAAGCUCGAUCAACUCUAUAUCACUCGACUGGAGUGAGCCGGACGGGGACUACACUGGAUAUCGUCUAAAUGUAGAAGGUGUGGAUGGAAUACCUGCAACGUUGACGAAAGAAGAAAGAUCAUUUACUAUUGAUGAUUUAGUGCCCGGUAGAUCGUACGAUAUAAGCGUCAGUACAGUAACGACUGGCGGUGUAACAAGUGAACCGCGCUCCAUCAGAACUUCGCCAAGUCCGAUAAGUCCUACAAAUGGUAUUGCGAAUGAUGUGACGUCAUCAAGUGUUGAUCUCAGCUGGGAUGCAGUGACUGAGGGGGAAUUCGACCAUUAUGAAGUUACUUAUAGGACGGCUGAUGGAGAACCGGUUGAAACGGUUAUAGUAGACAAAGAAUUGACGAACAACAUUGUUACUGGCCUUGACUCUGGCACCGAAUACACCUUUGAAAUCAGUACCAUUAGCGAGGCUGGUGUCAAGAGUUCACCGCAAGAAGUUAUUGUAACGACCUUACAAAGUGGCGGUGGUGGUGGCACUCCGGGCGGAGGAGGGACGCAGGGUCCUCCGGUGACUGAGACUCCAGGUGGAGAGCAUACACAAAGUCCAGUGACUCCGGACGGAGGACAAACCCAAGGCCCAGUGACUCCAGACGGGGGACAAACCCAGGGCCCAGUGACUCCGGGUGGAGGACAAACCCAAGGUCCAGUGACUCCGAGUGGAGGACAAACCCAGGGCCCAGUGACUCCGGGUGGAGGACAAACCCAAGACCCAGUGACUCCGGCCGGAGGACAAACCCAAAGCCCAGUGACUCCGGCCGGAGACAAACUCAAAGCCCAGUGA